GAAAAGAAUUGGAUAUUACAGAAGAGGAACAACAAUUUCCACUUAUUAUUUUACCUAUUGAUCCUAUUGAUACAAUGAAUAAUAAUAACUUUACAACAACAACAUCAGAAAAUAAUUUAUUCUAUCCAAAUAAUUAUGAGAUAACUGGUGAAGUAUCUAAUGAUACCUUUAAUAUCUCCGAUAUUCCCGAUAUCUCUAGUAUUCCAAUUUAUGCAUCACUAGACGAAGCAUCAUCAUCAUCAUUUUACCAAAUAAAAGAAUUUACAACAAUCAAUUCAUGGUUUUGGACGAAAUAUAUUUCAUCAAUAUUAAAUUCCAUGCCUUACAUAUCAAGUGAUCAUAUAAAUGAUAUUAUGGAAGUUGAUUAUCCCAAAGAUUUAUCAGUUUCAACAUUUUAUCAAUUACUUAGUCAAAUGAGAUUAUUGGAAGUAAUUGAUGAAUUAAUUAAAGAAUAUUGUACUGUUACAAAAUCCAAAAAUAAUUCAUCAAACAAGUUAGAAAUAGUAAUUCAAGGACAAUAUCUUACGCCUCAAAGUGAAUUAUUUCAAAAAAUGUUUCAUCAUUUGUCUCAUUCAAUAAUAAUUCCACGUUUACAUCGUUGCGGAAAAUAUACCACCCGAAUAACCAUGCCAAUACCAUCAAUUUCCACCAUAGAACCUAUUAUAAAUUGGUUAUAUGAUCAUAAUGAUCAAGCUUGGAUGAAAACGAUGACUCCGGAUAAUUUCGAACAAAGAUGA